GUUAACCGCAAAAACGCCUCUGAAAACUUAUCCCAGUUGGGAAAAAAAUAAAAAAAUAAAGAAAUGGCAGGGAAUUUCUGGCAGAGCUCGCACUAUCAACAAUGGUUAUUGGAUCGACAAGAUUUGGCUCGAGAGAGACAAGCUGACCUGAAGAUAAUGAGUGAAGAAGAAUAUGAAAAAUGCAUGAUCUUCUUUGCUAAUUUCAUACAGGCUUUAGGAGAGCAGUUGAAAGUUCGCCAACAGGUGAUCGCUACAGGCACAGUGUACUUCAAACGCUUCUAUGCCAGAAAUUCAUUGAAGUGUAUUGAUCCAUGGCUGAUGGCUCCAACCUGUAUCUUUCUUGCUUCAAAAGUUGAGGAGUUUGGAGUGAUAUCCAACAGCAGACUAAUUACUACAUGUCAGACAGUGGUGAAGAACAAGUUUUCCCAUGCAUACCCUCAGGAGUAUCCCUACAGAAUCAACAAUGUGCUGGAGUGUGAAUUCUACCUGCUAGAAAUGAUGGACUGUUGCCUGGUUGUGUACCACCCCUACAGGCCACUUGUACAGUAUGUGACUGAUAUCAGCUCCACUGAUGACAGUAUAUUGCCUCUUGCAUGGCGUAUUGUCAACGACUCGUUAAGAACAGAUGUAUCCUUGUUAUAUCCACCAUAUCUUAUAGCAUUAUCGGCACUUCAUAUAGCCUGUGUUAUACAACAGAAAGACUUGAAACAGUGGUUUGCAGAGCUAUCAGUCGAUAUGGAUAAAAUUCUGGAGAUCACACGUCAAAUUCUACACCUGUAUGACUUGUGGAAAAAUUACGACGAAAAGAAAGAGAUAGCGGCGGUCCUACAGAACACGCCGAAACCGAAGACGAACCCAUCCCCACCACCACAAGGAGAGGGCCAAAGUCAACAACAAUAAAAGGAAAUAAUAUCAUAUCAUGUUGUUGGAUUAAAACUUGAAUUAUGGUUAUGAAUUCAAACAAACUACAUUUUUGCUUGUUGAAUUCUAAUAUUACUUCAAAUAAGCACAAUUUCUAACAUUUUUUAUAAAAUUCACAGUGUUACAAUAAUUCACUGCCCGAUACAAUGUGCCGUUUUUUCCUUAGCGUCUGUCCCUUUUCGGCAGCACCCUGUCCCAUUUUAAGACCUGGCUUAAACCAUAGGCUAUAAACAGUCGGCACAUAUACUGUACAUGAACAUGUCUAUGUUUUAUUAUAUGAAUAAUUGCUAUACCUACAUUGGCAAAGAGGUGACAUAUUGAUUUUGUUUGAUCUUAUGGCCAUGACUUACUGACAUGUUCCCUUAACUUUGUUCUCUCUAAGUCUUGGCCACAAGAUAACUAAGUUGUGGGAAUGGGAUAGUAAGUCGUGACCAUGACAUAAAAAGUUGUUGCCACAGCUUAACUAAGUAGUGAGCACAUAAUAACUAAUUUUAGUCAUGUAAAUUUAUAAAUUAUCGGCCUCAUACUAGCUCGUAUUGAUAAUUAUAGGCUUGUUGUGAGGAAAUACUGUAUUUGCAGAUUUUUGGACCAUCUGGUGUCUAGUCCCUUUAAGUUUCAUUCUAUAAAAGCAGUGCUACAUAUAUUUGCAUAUAAAACGGGUUCUCGGGAAUUCCAUACUUUGUAUUUUUCUGGUAUUGGUCGGAAGUUGCUUUUGGACAAUACAAAGUUGACAUCCUAUCAACAAUUGUAUUGAACAAUCGCUUUUUUGAUUUAAUAUUUCUGUGAUGUAAGAAAAAAAUCCAAAGUGAUAGUUGUAUAUCUUAGUUCAAACAUUAUUUAGUUGAUUUUGCAAGUGAAAUGUUCAGUUUAAUUAUAAACACUGACACAUUAUUAAACUGAAAUUAAGAUCUGAUGAUGUUAUGUUGUACGCUCAUUGCAACAGUAAUGUAACUUAUUACCUCAAUUUUAUUUAAACAUUUGACCUGUAUACGUGUAGGUAACAUUGUUGUGACUUGUAUUGUAUGUCAAACAACAACAUCUGAAGACUUAUUGACAUAUGUGUAAUUCUAGUAAUUUUCAGGAAUAUCAGGCUGUUGUGAUAUAAUUAUUAUAACCUUUGGUAUUAGUUGUUUGGGAAAGAAUGGAACAGAAAUAAGUUGAUAUACAUGUAGUAUGUUCAGUGUGAAAUGAAGUAUAUAAAUUGUUGUGAUAGGAUUAUGCCAGUGUUUUUCUUACCUGUUAUAAAUGGGGCUAGGGCCCUUUGAACUGUGAAAUAGCAACACUCCAGUGCUCCAGCUAGGCCUACAUAGCAGGAUGGGGUACCCUGCUGCCAUUUUCCAGCACCUUUCUGCCAUUUUCCUGCACUCUGCUGCCUUUUACUACACAUUGCUGUGUACUUUUGUUUGACAGAGUCAAUUUUCAUUAUUAAGUAUAAAAAUAAUAAAUAUACUUAAUUUUGACACUUAGAUAAAAGCUAACAUAUUUCUAAUAAACUACUCGUAUUGAAAGUAAUAACAACACCUUCACAAUAUUCAUUGUGCUCAUUCAAUAUGCAUCAAAAGUGCCCAUUCUAACCUAGCAUCCUGCCCUUUUUAAAUCCUGGCUGGAGCGUAAUUGCAACACUAAAUACUAAACUGUCAAACCGGCAAUCAUUAUUUGACAAAAGAGUGCUAGAAGCAUUAUUUUACUAAAUGUUUUAGCGUUGCUUAUUGUAAGAGCUACGGUAGUUUACACAUAUAGGGAGGAAUGUUCAACAAUUUCAUUGACAAGACGAUGUUUACUCUGAUAAUUGUGGUUUUGCUUGUAUUUUUGUGAAUUAGAAGUAUUUUGGUGUUUGUAAAUGGUGCCCAAUUUUGGCAAAAUUAAAGGUAGAGAGAAACACAGCAUGUCUUCAUGGCAUUCAUAAUUAUACAAGUAUAUAUAAAUAUUUAAAAUCAAGAGAGCCAUGGGUAAUCAUUGGCAUAUUUAAGAUGACAGCAUUGUUAACAAGGUUAAUAAACAAUUAAAACUUAA